AUGGCGGGCAGAAACGUACCCACCGCCACGGCGUACGCCGUGCCGUCGAAGAUAACGGAAGAUAUCAACAAUUAUCUCGCAUUAAGAUACAAGGAUCACAAGGACGGUACUCUCAAAAAAGCUAUCGCCCGCGUACACAAAAAGCUCAUCGACAGGAGCAUGGCUCUGGGAGAUUCCCUGCAAUCGUCAACCCGUAAUGAGCUGGAUUCGCUCAUCUGCGCGGAUAUCUCCACUUCUGCUGGGUACCUGCGUUAUCGCCAGCAACUUGUGCGUCAUCGUCUUGCUAAUAAGCUCGGUGCUGGUCUUGCUAGUAAGCUCGGUGCUGGCCUCAGCUCGAUGUACCUACUCAAAGGUGGUCCUGACAUAACCCGUACCAAUCGUCGAAGCAUCCGGUCCGCUAUCGAGGUCCGGAACACGACGCGUGCCUUCCUGCGAAUGCCAAUUCCAGCAGAGUUGAUCUUGAACGUCGCGGAAAUGAUGGAGGACGAUGUAGAAUUGUCAAGCUUUCGGGCUGCAUGUUCCUUCCAUAAGGACCUUAUCGACGGUACACCUUCUCUCCGAGAUAGGUUGGCCAAUAGAGUGCAAGAUUCGUGCGAUGAAUUCUUGCUGAGGGUACAUAUGGACUGGUUCCGUAAGGAAGCGAUCAAGGAAUUGCAGUGUUUGACACAAGGAGUUGUACCGCGGUAUCUCAUGUGCAGUUUCUGCUGCGACAGGCAUCCCACAUCCGAUUUUGCUACGAAAGCAUACGCGAAAGAUGCUCUCCAGCGCGUGUGCAAAGCCCCCACGGCAGCGAUGUACGUCUGUCCACAUCGUAGCUUGAGUUUCCAAGAGAUCUUUAUGCAACGGCGCGAGCUGGCCAUUCGAAUGGUGGUCAAUCGAAGUACUUCGGAACGUAUUUCUCUAUGCUCAGAGCCAGGCUGCGGUCGUCACCUGGUAAUCGGACCAUUCCGAACAUAUCGCGGUCACGUCUUAAAGGAUGAUUUCGCCUUGGUUCGCACGACUGAUCUCAAAAAUGGUGACGUCGAGCGAGGCGAUCUCGAAAAUUCGAACGUACCGACUGAUGAUACGUUUGGCCUCGACCAUACCGUCGCUCUCGAUGUGAACAAGCUAUACGUGCCAUCGGAGCAUGAUAAUGACGAACCUCGAGAUCAGUCAAAAGAAGCUAAAUGGGCGAGGGCAACGCUCGUUCGAGCUGAUGCGUACAUCUGCUCCCACUUGCGAACUAGCAGCACGUUCGUGUACACUGUCAUUCAGGACCGAAUCAACCUCGAACUGUAUGGUCGGAACUUCGGAUCCCUUGCAAACUUACCGUCCGCUGAGUUGCUUUGCCCGGAAUCUGGCUGUGGGACAAAGAUUGGGCUGUAUUGCCAGCAUGACUCGACUUCGGGUCCAAUCGAAAAGCAAUAUCACCUCCGACUAAUCGUUCGCGAGAAAGCCUUCUCGUUGAGGAUGAUGACCGACAAGGACUGGCUGCGGAGGACACGUGCAUCCGAGAGAUACAACAAGCUGGCAGCAUCCGCGGGAGAAGGCCAGGAUAAGGUGGGCACGAUACCAGGUAGUCUGGACCUGCAAACUUAA